AUGGAAAAGGGGUCUGUGAUUGUGCACGACAAAAUAAAAAGAAGAGAAAUAGACAAAUCAAAAAACAAGGACUUGAAUUUAAUUGACAACUACGGAAUGGGUAAUCAUAAAAAUGGCACAUGUAACGACAGGAAAAUAAAUAGUAAAAACGCAAGGUCCUCCAAAAACAACUCAGAAUUUAAAAAUAUAAAUGAAAAUAAUGAGAAUGAUCCUUUUUGCUAUGAAUGCUACCAUGGGGGAAACUUAAUUUGCUGUGACAACUGCAUUAGGUCCUACCACAUAUAUUGCAUUGGCGAAUCUGAAAAGCCCCAGCCAAACUACAACUACUGGUACUGCCCCCUCUGCAGAAGAAACGGAGUGUCUUUUGAUAUUUCUCUGAAGAGGAGGAAGAAGUUAAAAACGAUAAGCACAUUCGAGAAAAAAAAAGAAAAGGUGAAGCAGAAAAGCGAAGGAAGCAAAUACACGGGUCAGAUCAACGUGGGCGAGAAUUACCAAGUGUCCAAUGUCUCUACCUUUUUUUUAAAUAGCCACUCAGAGAAAUACGAUGAGGCCAACAAAUCGGAGCUCGUUUACUCGCCCUACCUCCUGGAACGAAUGAAGGAGAGUUACCUCAGCGAGGGACAGUACGAACUGGUCAUUAAAAACGAUUACGAACUAGCCAUUUUUAUAAAAGAGUUAGCGAAAAAUUGGAAGUGUCAACUCGGAUGGCACCCAUUUACGCCCGAAUACGCCUUCAAAAUUUUACACCGCGUGGAUUACAACCCUAAGAAGGCCAUAGAAUUGCUAAAAAGCGCUGACUUUAACUUUUUAGAAAUAUGCGACCCCCCCAUUCGCAAAUACGAGAACAAGUGGAGGCCACGGGAUAAGCGCGGCCAAAUAUCAGACUCGCCGUACCCCUCCUCGGAACUACUCCAAAGCUACAUCAAGCGCUCCGUCGAAAUCUCCCUCGACGAGAAAAAGUACAAUUACCACAUGAAUGAGAAAAACAGGUACUACUGCGAAAUUAAUAAAAACAACAUAAUCGAAUCUAGCUACCCACACGAACGGACAAGGAACGCUUUGAAGAAGGAACUGGAGGAGGAGGAAGAAGAAGAUGACGAUGAUGAGGAGGACGAGGAGGAUGAUGAAGAUGAUGAAGAAGAAGAACUAGACGAAGGAGAGGAGGAAGAAGGACAUGGGGAAGAAGAAGAGGAGGAUGAAGAGGAGGAAGAGGAAGAGGACGACGAUUAUGAAGAAGACGACAAAGACGAUGAAGAAUACUACGGGGAGGAUUAUAAAUAA